AUGUUGGUCAAAGAAAAAUUGGGCGGCUUCAAAUUCAGAAAAUUAGUUUCAUGUUCUGGACAUCGCAUCACAUCUAUCCACCUCAGUUUGCGAAACGACCACCCUCCAGGUUUAAAGAAGAGGCAAUCAUCGGCAGUAGUUGAAGUGAUCCACAAGGACAGUCCAUUCGCUGAUGAGCUGCUCUUGAAGAAUCAAACAAAAUCAUCCCAACCGAGCUUAGGUGACCAAUCAAGGCUAGUUUUGCGUCUUCAUGCUUUCCCGGUUGUCACAUACGGUGAUGGCUCCGUGACCACCGGUUACCUCGACAAAGAUAAACUUACCAUAGCACCAAGCAAAGCUUUCUCAGAUUUCGCGUUUGGGUGUAGCCUAUUUACUCAAGGACUUUGGGGCCUUGAAGCUGGACUUGUGGGCCUCGGCAAAGGACCCAUAUCCUUGGUCUCCCAAACUGCUAAAAAGUACGGAGGAUGUUUCUCUUACUGCCUCCAAACCACCUCAUCCUCCAAAGGCUUUCUCUUGUUGGGAAAAGAUAACUACGAUCAUACCACCAAAUUCACACCUUUGAUUUUGAGAACCAAACAUCCAACAUACUACAUCUUCAACAUAAUCGGCAUAGCCAUGGAAGGACGCAACUUAUCUGCCAACAUGCCGCCGUUACAUACCAUCGUAGACUCGGGCGCGGCGAUCUCCCUGUAG